ACAGAAUUCGCUUCGAAUGAAGUUGCAUCCCGAGACCGGAAUGCCCAGGUGAUCAUUCCUUACGUUCGGCCAGAUGUCGUCCUAACUGCGUCGAGUUUCAAGGCGCUUUUGACACUGGCACACAAAUCCUCACUGCGAGACAUUCCUGUGCAAGUUGUGGAGAAAGAGGGGUUGAAGGUGGUUUUUGUGGACAAACCUCUGAACCCGAAAAGGACUUCCAACUUGGACCGGAAACACGCCUGGUUCAAAUAUGCCGCCAGGGAACUUCUUUGCGAUUUUAAAAAGCAGACAGAACCCAAAAAACAAAAACAGCCGCUGAAAACAGAAUCGGAAAAGCAGUGGGAAAAGCGGGACAAGAACCGAAGGAAGAGAGAGGCGAGACAGGCUCGUCGGAGUGACGCGACAUCUAGUGGAGGAAGACUCGUGUCCGAAGAUGAAUCCGAACUCCAUGCUGCUCUCGAAUUUGAAGAGUACGAAAUCCCGCAGCGUCCUGAUGCAUCUCAGUUGCAGAAUCCGUUUGAGAAAGACCCAAGCAAGCCUGAUGUUCCCUCCCCGAAACCAGAAAUCAAAGAACCUCAAAUGGUUGCUGCGAAGAGUUCAACAAACGCCCCAAGUUUGCUGGACGAUAUUUUCAAGUCGCAGUCGACCUUAUUUCCGGAACCAACGUGGAAAAGCGCUGUUCGGGUUGAUGCAGGUUUUGCCGGAAGAGUUUCGAAU